GGCUGCGGCGCUUCCGGCCAGCUCAGCGCGUCUCUCCUGUGGUGUUGUCACUUUUACAGCCAGCCCGUCAGGCUAACGCUGCUGCUGGGACUUUUCUCCGGGCCGUGGACUCACAGCGGGACACUUCGCAGAGAUGUUGCUGCUGACGAUGAUCGCUCGGCUGGCGGACGGUCUGCCGCUGGCCGCUUCAAUGCAGGAGGACGAGCAGGGAAGCGAGAAGGUGGGUCGAGACCUUCAGCAGUAUCAGACUCAGGCCAAGCAGCUUUUCAGGAAACUCAACGAACAGAGUCCCACACGCUGCACUUUAGAGGCCGGGUCGAUGGCGUUUCACUAUUUCAUAGAGCAAGGAGUUUGCUACCUUGUGCUGUCAGAAGCCAGCUUUUCCAAGAAGCUGGCCUUUGCGUACCUUGAAGACCUGCAGGCAGAGUUUCAUGAGCAGCACGGAAAGAAGGUCCCCACAGUAUCCCGUCCUUACUCCUUCAUCGAGUUUGACACCUACAUUCAGAAAACCAAGAAGUUGUACAUCGACAGCCGAGCCAGAAGGAACCUGGGCAGCAUCAACACGGAGCUGCAGGACGUGCAGAGGAUCAUGGUGGCUAACAUCGAGGAGGUCCUGCAGAGAGGGGAGGCGCUCUCUGCGCUAGACUCAAAGGCCAGCAAUUUGUCCAGCCUGUCGAAGAAAUACAGGAGCGACGCCAAAUACCUGAACACCCGCUCCACUUACGCCAAGCUGGCAGCAGGGGGCGUCUUUUUCAUCAUGCUCAUCGUUUAUAUUCGCUUCUGGUGGCUCUGAGUGACGAAAGAGGAGGAGAAAAGGAAGGAGAUAGAGAAGUGGAAAAUGAGCCGAGCGCAGUCUGCAGACGUGAAAAAGAAGCUUCCGCUUUUGAUGAACAACAGGAUCCCUGCUUCUGACGGAGACUUUACAGAUAUACUGUCCCACUGCUCUGUCUGUCCUCACCUUGUCCACAAGCGGGUGUCUGAUCUGAAGCUAAAUGAUGUCCGGAUGCUUUGUUUUAUUAUUAUCGUACAGUAAUAUCCUUAAAGUUGCCCCACAUUUCAGAGGAAAUGAGUAAACAUGCGAGUCUCUGUGUGUAUGUGGGUUGUUUGUUUUUGAAGGUGAUUUGUGGGUAAGUGAUGAGAGAAAAAAAAAAGAAAAUUUCCUGUGUUAUAAGUUUCUAAAGCUCUUCUGUACUAUAAAGGAGUGUGUGGCUGAAGCUUCUGUAUGUAAUUAUACAAAAGAAAGAAACUAAUCAAUUUCUUUUUCUUAGAAGCCUGAUCACAUAACUUUGGCAAUUCUGUUAAUUUUCUAUAUGAUUAUAGUAGGAUAGCUUUACAGAUUAUACUCUGAAUUCAUAAGAAAACCUAAAUAGAGGUGCAUAAUAGACACAACAAAGGAAAAUGCAGAACUUCCUACUGUUCAGGCAAGUAAAUAAAACUUUCUGUUUAUUGUG